AUGUCCAUAAAAUUACAUUCACCAUCUGGAUAAGGAAGAACACACAAAAUAUUGGUGGCAGCCAAAUUGGCUAAUCUCCAAUUGGAAUUUGUUGACACCUAAUUGAACGAGAAGAAUUUCUAAGUAUUCUAAAACAAGUUUCCAUUUGGAAAAGUGCCAGUCUUGGAAACACAAGAGGGCAAUCUUUUCGAAAGCAAUGCCAUCCUCAGAUACAUAGCAAGACACUCAUAAGGAUUAUAUGGAAAAACACCAUAUUAAUAGGGAUUAGUUGAUUAAUGGUUGGAUGUGACAACAAAUGAAUUGGAAACCGACGUUGUGUCAGCUGCUAUUUAAGUAUUGGGUCACAUCCCUGUGAUUCCUGCUGAAUACCAGUAAUCUUUCGCUUAAAUUAAUUACACAUUGUCUAUCGUAAAUACUCAAUUGGGCAAAUCGAAAUACAUCAGUGGAGACUCUUUGACCGUUGCAGAUAUUGCCUUGGCUUAAGUUGUCACAUUUGCAUUCACCCUCUUGGUUGGGGAAACAGAAAGAAACAAAUAUCAGCAUUUAUUAAUAUGGUUGAAUGAAAUUAACUCACUUCCAGAAUGGAGAGCAGAAUUCGGUAGACCAAGAUUCCCAAAGACUGCCUUUGUCGUGAAUGAAGUAGCUUAGGAGAAAGACAAAAAGGAAAAGAAAGAGAAAAAAUAGGAAUAACCAAAAUAAAAGGAACAAUAAGAAUAACCUAAAUAGAAGGAGUAACCUAAGUAGAAGGAGUAACCCAAAUAGUAACCAAAAUAAGAAGAAGAAGAUGAUGCACCUAAAAAGAAGGAAGCAAAUCCACUUGAUUUAUUACCACCUUCAACUUUCAACAUCGAUGAUUAUAAGAGAAUAUUCUUUGCAGAAAAAGAUGUUUAAAAAAACAUUGAAACUCUCUUUGCAACAAUCGAUUUGAAUGGAUGGUCUUUAUGGUUGGUCAGAUACAAUAAAUCAGAAAAUGAAGGAAAGCAAUUGAUUCUCACCAACAACUUAAUGAAAGGAUUCAUCAACUAAAGAUUAGAUCAAAAUUUCAGAAAGUAUGCCUUUGCCAUUCACGGAGUUUAUGGUGAUGAACCAAAUCUCUAAUUAAGAGGAGCUUGGCUUUGGAGAGGAACAGAAGUGCCAAAAGAAUGGAAAGAUCAUAUUGCUUAUGAUUAUCAUGAAUUCAUCAAAGUUGAUGUUAAUAAUGCUGCUUAAAAAUAAUUGUUUGUUGACUAUUGGGUUAAAUAAGAGGAAGACGUUUCUGAAGUUGAAGGAUUAAAAGCCAGAAGUUUAAUGUAUUUCAGAUGAAAUACAUAUUAAAAAUAACAAUAAUUCGGAUAUCAUUCGCUAUUA